UCCAAUAAAAUCACAUCAAAACCAAAAACAAAACAAACCAAGAAACCCAAACAAAUAGAAAAUGGCAGGACUCAUGAACAAGAUUGGUGAUGCCCUUCAUAUAGGAGGAGACAAGAAAGAAGGAGAACAACACAAAGGAGAUCAACAUGGUGUUGUAGGAGGACAUGGACAUGGCACCCAGUACCAAGGAGAACAACAACAUGGUGUUGUAGGAGGACAUGGACAUGGCACUGAGUACCAAGGAGAACAACAACAUGGUUUUGCAGGAGGACAAGGACAUGGUACUGAGUACCAAGGAGGUCAACAUGGUGUUGUAGGAGGACAUGGACAUGGUAGCGAGUACCAAGGAGAACAGCAUGCUUUUGGUCAUGGAGAGAACAAAACAGGUCAAUACCAAGGGGGAGAGCACAAGGAAGGAAUUGUUGACAAGAUCAAGGGCAAGAUCCAUGGUGAAGGAGGAGCAGGUGAGAAGAAAAAGAAGGAGAGGAAGAAACGUGAAGAUGGUCAUGGACAUGGCCAUGAUAGCAGCAGCAGUGAUAGUGAUUAGAUCUUACUAAUUCUCAUAUGCUUCAUCAUCUUGAGAGGUGUAUGGAACCAUAUGUGACGACUAUGUUCUAUGUUUUAAUUUCUAUCUAUGUAUGUGAGUGAGAUUGUAGUUGAUAAUUCUCGUUGUAAAAAUAAUUUGCGGUUAGAUUGGUUUGUGAAACCCAUACUGCUUUGUUAAUGUUUGGUUGUAUACAUCAAGAUUAUAAAGAUUUCUAUUAUUAGUAA